UUUUUCGACAUUUUCGAACGCUUUGAGAUACACGACGAGUAAGAUAUCCAGGAGCGUUGCAUCGUGAUAGGAUCUGGAUCCUUUCUACUUGCUCUCAGCAUUCGUAUUGCAUUCCUUGCCACCCUCCCAACCAUACCGAGUCACUCUCUCCUGCACGACGACAAGAAUAGACCUGCGGUCUUGACUAGUUUUCGCCAUUUUCUUUUUGACGAUUUCGACGACGACGAGCUAGCUCUCUCCCGUGUCCUCUCUUUGCCAAACGUCAAUCACCGUAUCUACAUACAUCACCGCCCGACAACUCGCCCAACAUGGUUCGUCCCACCGCCAUCCUCGCAGCCGUGCUGCCCGCUGUCCUUGCUGCUCCUUUCGGCCUGAAUGAGAACAAGCCUGCAAACGAUACCGAUACCUUCCUGGGCGUCCCCAUCUCAAACCUGAACGCCCUUGACCUCAUCCCCAACAAGUACAUCGUCGUUUACAACAGCUCAUUUGACGACGAGGCAAUCACUUCCAAGAUGUCCUCCUUCGCUGCCGCCAUCAAGAAGCGUAACAUCGGCAAGCGCUCCCUCGACGGCCGCUCUCUGAGCACCUCGACCCGCAACUUCAAGAUGAACAACUGGCGCGCCACCGUCAUGGAGGCCGACGACAGCAUGAUCAUGAACGUCAUGAGCGCCGAGGAGGUCGCCUACGUCGAGCAGGACGCCAAGGUCAAGAUCUCCGCCACCGUCUCCCAGACCAACGCUCCUCCGGGUCUUGUCCGCCUGUCUCACGCCGCUGCUGGCGAGACCGGCUACGUCUUCGACCAGGUUAGCGGCAACGGCAUUACCGCCUACGUCGUCGACACCGGUAUCCUCACCACUCACUCCGAGUUCCAGGGCCGCGCUACCUUUGGUGCCAACUUCAUCAACAACGUGGACACUGACGAGAACGGCCACGGCUCUCACGUUGCCGGCACUAUCGGUGGUCAGACUUUCGGUGUCGCCAAGAACGUCAAGCUCGUUGCUGUCAAGGUCCUCGAUGGCGACGGUGCCGGUUCUAACUCUGGUGUUCUCGACGGCAUGCAGUUCGUCAUCGACGACGUUAAGGCCAAGAACAUCACUGGCAAGGCAGUCAUGAACAUGUCGCUCGGUGGCUCGGCCUCGGCCGCUGUCAACCGCGCCAUUCAGGCCCUGAACAACGCCGGUAUUGUCCCCGUCGUCGCCGCUGGCAACGAGAACCAGGACGCCGCCAACACUUCGCCCGCCUCUGCACCCAACGCCAUCACCGUCGGUGCCAUCGACGCCCGCAACGACCGCAAGGCCUCUUUCUCCAACUUUGGCAAGUCCGUCGACAUCUUCGCCCCCGGUGUCAACAUUCUUUCCGUUGGCAUCACCUCCAACACCGCCACCAACACCCUUUCCGGCACCUCCAUGGCGUCUCCCCACGUCGCCGGUCUUGCCGCCUACCUGAUGGGUCUGGAGGGCCUCAACACCGUCAAGUCCCUUACCGACCGCAUGCUUCAACUCGCUGCGGCCUCAGGCGCGUCUGUGCAGCGCAACACGGCCGGCACGACCAACCUGAUCGCCAACAACGGCCAGCUCUAAAAGGCCUGCCUUUCGCUGGCGGAACAGAAUGUUCCCUUCCGGGUAUCGGGCGCAAACGGGCACGAUGUCGUUGCCUCCCUGACGUUUUCUCCGUUUCCUUCGACCUAAUACUCGUCGCUUUCGUUGUGUUUGGUUACUCGAGGGGAGACGACAAAAAGUUCACAGCAUUUUAGAGGAUACCCAAAU